AUGAUGUCGCCCCUGCAACAUGGCAAAUCGCCGCCCCCGUCACUGGACAAAGCGGUAUUUACCAAAAUUGAUGAACCAACUGAUAUAAAGCCAAGUUGCUCGAAACCUGUGGUGGGAAAACUACAAAUGCUCAGUCAUCCUGUGGCUGUGCGACCGUUAACGUCAACCUGCCAUGUAUGUGCUGCAGAGGGUGCGACAUUGCAUUACGGAGGAGUAGUGUGCGGGGAGAAGAUCAAAGUGCAGAUCGUGUCGAUUUCAGCGAUGUCUGAAAGCGCGAAUGUGUCCUGA